UGCACACGCUCGUGUAACAAAAUACUUAUUAGUUGCGUUGACCCAAGCGAAACCUACAAACCCAGAAAAAACCCUAAAUCCGAAAAAUCCAACGAGAUUAAUCGGAAACCAUCAAUGUCCGCCGCCAGAUCCGUCCUCCGUUCCGGUGUUGGUCGAGCCGCCGUUGCCGCGUUAAGGUCGACGAAGCCUACGCCUUCUUCUGCGCGAUCUACGUUUAGGAUGCCUAAACAGAGCCCUCUCUCUAACCGCAUUUUCAGAUCUCCGGUGGAAUUGAGCUGCUGCGUCGAGACGAUGCUGCCGUACCACACGGCCACUGCUUCUGCUUUGCUCAAUUCGAUGCUUUCAGCUUCAGGACGCUCCAUUUGGACCAUCCAAGAUUGUAUUGAUGAUGCAUGAUGAAUCUCUUAUGGAGUGCAAGAAUGGAUGCAGUUUUAAAGCUAAGUUGAUGAAGUGACAGUAGCGGUGUCAUGUUUCUUCUUAGGUCAUAAAGAUCAGGUUCUGACCUUCUUCAAGGUUGUCCAUUAAGGGAUCUUAUAGAAUUCUUAUCAGCUCUAACCCAGGAGAUUUGUAAGGACCAACCAGUGCAGUUAAGGUGACUACUUAUUAGCAAAAACCGGUCCCAAUCCUAGCUUAUCUUUAAUUUUGGGUAUUGAGCAAUCAAAAUAUCAGAGAACUUGAAGUGGUAUUUUGGGUAUGGAUAUGACUAUUUUGCAAGACAUAAAAAUCUUUUUUACCAAGUUCUUUUUUCCA